AUGGCUAAUGAAACGAAGCCCUUGAGGUAUGCAGACGUGGGGAUCAAUCUGGGAGAUCCUGUGUUCCGAGGGUCGUACCACGGCAAAAAAGCACACGAAGAUGACUUGGACGAUGUCAUCCAACGCGCCCUGGACGUGGGUUGCACCAAGAUGAUGAUUACCGGUUCCAGUCUCAAAGAGUCACGCCAUGCUGUUGAGAUAGCUAAGCAAUAUCCUGGCAUUUGCUAUGCGACUAUUGGCGUGCACCCAUGCGCUACGCAGGACUUUGACAACCACCCUGGCGGGCCUGAUGUCUUAAUCAAAGAUUUACGAACUCUUGUCCUUGAAGCAAAGCAGAGUGGCCACGUGGUUGCAUUUGGGGAAAUAGGCCUGGAUUAUGAUCGACUAUUUCUGUCGCCCAAAGAGGUUCAACUGAAAUAUUUUGAGCUCCAACUCGAUCUUGCAGAGGAGAUGCAAUUGCCGCUAUUCCUCCAUUCAAGGGCAUGCGGCGAAGACUUCGAACGAAUCAUGUCUGCUCGGUUAGACAAGCUUCCCAAACGCGGACUGGUGCACAGUUUCACGGGGACUGUGCCCGAAUUGGAGUCACUGGUCAAGCUGGGAUUCGAUAUUGGGAUCAACGGAUGCAGUAUGAAGACGGAGGAGAAUUUGGAAGUGGUUAGAGCAGUUCCUCUGGAUCGACUUCAGAUCGAGACCGAUGGCCCAUGGUGUGAGAUACGGGCUUCUCAUGCCUCGUCGCAGCAUCUCAAGGACGGGCCGGCCAUCCCGAGAGCGGUGAAAAAGGAAAAAUGGCAAAAAGGAUUGAUGGUCAAAGGGAGAAACGAGCCCGCGACCAUCGUCCAAGUCGCCCAUGUCAUCGCCAAAGUAAAACGAAUUUCGGUCGAGGAAGUCUGUGAAGCAGCAUGGAGGAAUUCAACCGAGAUGUUUGGAUUAGGCAUUGAUGCCCUACAUUGA